UGGCUGGACCAGUGGCAGAGCCCUGACACCCGGCGCACCGUGUACACGAUCCCGGCUCGCGAACCCGGACAAGUGGGUGUGUCGGGGCCAUUCCCGGAGGACCAGGGCCCCUUCGCUGGGUCAAGCCCUAGACUCGCUUACUGGGGCCUGGGCCGCUUGAGGCUAAAUCCGCCUCCGGAGCUACGUCAGGCUAAUCCAGUGCCAGACUCUGGACUUGAGGGUUCUGGGCUGUGGUCUGUAGAAGCGAAGGAGAGAAGGACUCAAAUCCAGGCCAACUGUAUGGCUGUCUGAGGUGUUGGAACAGAAGGAAGUCCAUUCCUGUCGGUGACAACACUGUGGCCCUGUUCUGGAAUGACCGAGGUGUAAAGUUGGGGAAUCAAUAGCGUUCCCACCGGUGAAACCCAACCUUCAGGAGCCAGUAGCUUUGGUCGAGGGAAGAAGAAGAAACUUGAUGAGCAGCGGCCUCUACAAAUGGCUCUUCCUCCUGGGUAAGGAGAAGGGAGUGGGGGACCAGGGCCCCAGAACGGACUGGGGGAGCUUCGAAUCUGGCCGAGACAGGUAGGUUGACUGCUUUUACCUGGGGUGGGCCAGGGCCAGGUCUGGGUCCCCUGCUCCAGGCAUGGGGGUAUCUCUGCCUGUGCUCAGAAAGAAAGCCCUCCUUCCCAGGGGCCCUGGGACCCUGUGCAGACCAGGGACGGCGAAAACCACUGCCCUAGAAGGUAAGUGAAGCUACUGAGGCAUCUAGGGUGCAGCUUAAGCUUCAGCUGCCCUGUUGUCCCCCAACCUCGCCACCGGCCAGAGGCUAGGCGGUUCCCUCUGCAGGGCCUGGGGUGAACUCGGCUGCCAGCUCAGCACUACGCGGCUUCUCCGGCAGGGGGCGGGAAAGGGCAGGCCGGGGCGCGCCCAGGGCCAGAGUCCUCCCUUUCAGGUGUGAAGCCUGGGCCUCGGAUCAAGUGACAGCCAUACAUUUCAAAUCUGAUUUAGGGGUACCAGAUGAACCCUCGGGUCUGGCAGUCUGUUUCCAUUUCCUCCCAGAAUGUGUCGCUUCCUCCCGCGCUCCGCGACUUUGGAAGGCGUUUGCAUUUACAUCCGCGGUGAUUACUGGAGUCACUAAUACAGCCUAACCCGGAGUUUAAUUGGAAACGUUAAUCAAUGCGAUGGAUCCGUGUCUGAUUUGCACAGUCGGUCAAUUAUCUGCAGGUUUCCCCCAAGAAAGAGCAGCUGAGUCCUUGCAUCUUGUGGCAGCUGGUGUGCCCAGCACUGAGCCCGUCGGAGCUGAAGGCAGCCCGGCCCCUUCUCAUGGGCAGCACCCACCUAUGCUGAGGUCCUGCAGCGGUGGCUGUGUGAGGAGCUGUGCAAUCUGUUGUAACUGAAAAUGUCUGACGGUCUGGAUAAUGAAGAGAAACCCCCAGCUCCCCCACUGAGGAUGAAUAGUAACAACCGGGAUUCUUCGGCACUCAACCACAGCUCCAAACCACUUCCCAUGGCCCCUGAAGAGAAGAAUAAGAAAGCCAGGCUUCGCUCUAUCUUCCCAGGAGGAGGGGAUAAAACCAAUAAGAAGAAAGAGAAAGAACGCCCAGAGAUCUCUCUUCCUUCAGACUUUGAACAUACGAUUCAUGUGGGGUUUGAUGCAGUCACCGGGGAAUUCACUCCAGAUCUCUAUGGCUCACAGAUGUGCCCAGGGAAGCUCCCAGAGGGAAUUCCUGAGCAAUGGGCACGAUUACUCCAAACCUCCAACAUAACAAAGCUGGAACAGAAGAAGAACCCCCAAGCCGUUCUAGAUGUUCUCAAAUUCUAUGAUUCCAAAGAAACAGUCAACAACCAGAAGUACAUGAGCUUUACGUCAGGAGAUAAAAGCGCACACGGAUACAUAGCAACCCAUCCUUCGAGUACAAAAACAGCAUCAGAGCCUCCGUUGGCUCCUCCUGUGUCUGAAGAAGAAGAUGAAGAAGAGGAAGAAGAAGAAGAUGACAAUGAGCCGCCGCCAGUCAUUGCACCGAGACCAGAGCAUACGAAAUCAAUCUACACUCGUUCCGUGGUUGAAUCCAUUGCUUCACCAGCAGCACCAAAUAAAGAGGUCACACCACCUUCUGCUGAGAACGCCAAUUCCAGUACUUUGUAUAGAAACACAGAUCGGCAAAGGAAAAAAUCCAAGAUGACAGAUGAGGAGAUCCUAGAGAAGCUAAGAAGCAUUGUGAGUGUUGGUGACCCAAAGAAAAAAUACACAAGAUUUGAAAAAAUAGGUCAAGGGGCAUCAGGUACUGUUUAUACAGCACUAGACAUUGCCACAGGACAAGAGGUGGCCAUAAAGCAGAUGAACCUUCAACAGCAACCCAAAAAGGAAUUAAUUAUUAAUGAAAUUCUGGUCAUGAGGGAAAAUAAGAACCCCAAUAUUGUUAAUUAUUUAGAUAGCUACUUAGUGGGUGAUGAACUAUGGGUAGUCAUGGAAUACUUGGCUGGUGGCUCUUUGACUGAUGUGGUCACAGAGACCUGUAUGGAUGAAGGGCAGAUAGCAGCCGUCUGCAGAGAGUGCCUCCAAGCUUUGGAUUUCUUGCACUCAAACCAAGUGAUCCACAGAGACAUAAAGAGUGACAAUAUUCUCCUUGGGAUGGAUGGCUCUGUUAAAUUGACUGAUUUUGGGUUCUGUGCCCAGAUCACCCCUGAGCAAAGUAAACGAAGCACUAUGGUGGGAACUCCCUACUGGAUGGCACCUGAGGUGGUGACUCGAAAAGCUUAUGGUCCAAAAGUUGAUAUCUGGUCUCUGGGGAUUAUGGCGAUUGAAAUGGUAGAAGGUGAACCCCCUUACCUUAAUGAAAAUCCACUCAGGGCAUUAUAUCUGAUAGCCACUAAUGGAACCCCAGAGCUCCAGAAUCCUGAGAGACUGUCUGCUGUAUUCCGUGACUUUUUAAAUCGCUGUCUUGAGAUGGAUGUGGAUAGGCGAGGAUCUGCCAAGGAGCUUUUACAGCAUCCAUUUUUAAAAUUAGCCAAGCCUCUCUCCAGCCUGACUCCUCUGAUUAUCGCUGCAAAGGAAGCGAUUAAGAACAGCAGCCGCUAGGACUGCAAGCCUUACCCCACACCAUCUCCCUCAUGAGUAAGACUGAAAUAAAACUCCACUGCAGGAAAGAUGGAAGAAAAGACAGUCGAAUGGGGUGGGGAUUCUUUAACUUUCAAAUGAAUAGAAACUUCUUAUAAGCCUUUUUCCUACUCCCUCAGAUUAUGUAAUUUAUUUGUAAGCCUGAAUCGCAGCCCAAACAGGGCAGCAAUGUCGAAGUGGCCAUAAAGUGGUCCCUUCUACCGUGAAGCGAAAGAGCCAGUAGUGAAUCCCCUCAUUUUGUGCAUUCACUUUGAAGAAAAAAGAUUUCUCAAAGAUGCACACUCCCUCUUCAUAGUGUUGUGUUUGUUUUUAAGUUAGAGAGUAGUCCCUCUUGCAUUCGAACCUCCUUCAAAACUCCUUACCCAAUGUGAUGUUUUUCACUUGCAUUGUCAUUAGAUGUCCAGAAAAAAAAAAAGAUGUCAAAACGUUUUUUUUUAAAAAAAAGAAAGUAAAAAACAAAAACAAAACAAAAAAAAACAAAAACAAAACAAAACAAAACAAAAAAAACCCCAGAGCAAGUACUGUGUGAACAUGUGGAAGUCCAUGCCCUAAUAGAGUUGAAAUUUUUUAUUCUUCUUCUAUAGUGGUGGCUCGGUUUGUGUACCUGUUUUUCUGCAUUUGUAUUGGAAAAGGUUUCUUUUACGACAUUUUCCAAAAGCAGAGAGGAAUAUGUGUGUUCAGGAAGGGCUUUUAAAAACUCUAUGUCUAAAUAAAGUUCAAAUGGUGAAAUCUUAUCACAUUUUCAUGAUGAUGCUUAAGAGGUAGUUGAUUUAUCAUUUGUAUAAACCAGCUCGUUCAUCUUCAUGAUACCUGAAAAAAGACACACCAAAACUAUGGCACUCCAGUUGGGUGAGCCCAGGUCUUAAACCUAGGAAAUCCUGAUAGGAGAAACCAUACUUAAACAAAGACGGGACUUUCUCCAAGAGCCAAAAGGAAGACAAUAGAAGCAUGCAAUACUGAAAUCCUUGUUGGACAGUAAACAAAGAUAACAAUACCUAAUUUAAUCCUGUCUUGUCCUUGUGGAAUGUAGGUAACUGUAAAAUAGGCACAACAGGAGGAAACAGACCCAUUAACCAACAUUUGCUGCUGAUAAAAAUUAUCUUGACAAUUUAUAACAUUAAAAAUUUUUUUAAAGAUCUGGAGAACAGAAAUAUUGUAAGCACUCAACUCUGUAAGAAAUGGGAGGUCAGUGAAAACUACAUCCCAGUCAACAUUAGGCUCUAAGUACUUGUGGCCAUUUUCCCAAUGUAUCACCAAUUUCUGUUUCUGGAUAUGGUGUGUUCAUACUUAGCCCUUUGGGCUUUUGAAUUUUAAAAACAUGUUUGUAAAGAUCUUGAAGUUCUCCAGUGAAAAGCAUUUGGGUUUGCAAUCAUAUACCCCAAGAAAUAUCAGUCCAACUGAAUUCCUUUUGUGGCUUGGGGAAAAUAUGAAAAUUUGACUAGUAUUUCGCCAUGUAUCAAUUUAUUAGAAAUUCAACAGUUGCCACUUCCUGAAUCUUCUGAGAGUAGAAAAAUAUCUGGAGGGUGUCUGCGUAGAAAAGGAUGUGCUUCUCUUUCGAGUGUAUUGUCAAUUUUAUAAAUUCUGCAUAGUUGUUUCUCUAAGCCUUUGAAAAGCUAGCAGUUUGUGCAGUAGAAGGCUUCUUGAUUUGUAGUAUGUCAAGAAUCUGAAUAGAACCUAUCUACAUCCAGCAAGAGAGGGAAAGAGAUCAAUGCCGUGGGCCUCUCUCCUUCUCUGCCUAGGCACAUCCGUCGAUAUAAUCAUCUAUCCAUUCCUUAAAAUGAAAGCACUUUCUUUAGAGAGUUUCUGCUGACCAUAUAGUGCACGUGUUUAUGUUUAGGAGAUGACGCCACUGGUGGAUUUCCUAUUGUCUUCUUUGACUAUGAAAUUUGGGAGGGGCUUGACCCCCCCCCGCCCCAAAAAUGUCCACAGUGGGAUAAAACAACAAACAUGAAAAGAUCAAAUGGUAAUAUUAAUUUGAAGCAUACUAUGUUAUACUUCACAAAAACGUGGCUGGGCCUGAAAAUUUUAAUGCCACACUGUUUUAAUGAGAGAGAGAGAGAGAGAAGCCUUAAUUUUGAUUUCAUUUAAAAUUAAGUAUUUUUUUAAUUUUUCAUUCAUAGUGCCAGAGAAUUCAAUGAAAUAAUACCUGGGGUGCAAAUAGAAUUCAGUACAUUGAUAACUAUACCCUGCCAGGGGAGAGAGCCCCAAACCUAGCUGGGAAGCCCUAGUUAUCUAUUAGCAUCCCUUAUAUGUCAGGAAGGCCUUUUGUUGGUGGGGGGAGACCUGGAGCAGGGAUCCUUCAGGUUGCUGUAGGCAGAGAAAUGGCUGCUCUUUCAUGCUUUCAAUUCAGCGUAUUAACAACAAGGAGCCUGGUACUACUUCACCACAGCCCGUUGUACCAAGAUUUUAUGAUAAUAUAUCCCAGUAGGCUUUACUCUUACAAACUUAUAUCUAUGUAAAUUUUAAAAUGAGAACAGCUUCUAAAAACCCUUCCCCGUGUUGGAGAGUUAUGUAUAUUUCUAAUAAGUAUUAGAAAGAAGCUGCUUCUCCUGCCAAAAUGAUGCUGAAGGAUUCACAUUUGGUAUCCUUGACCAAGUUGGACUCCAGAUGGUUAAUAGUUUAUUCCCUUUCCCUGGAUUUUUUUUUUUUUUAGCUCAUCUUGACACAGGUGAGUCUAUCCAGAUCUUUG